UAAUUUUUCGUCAAUUUUCAGCGCAAACGCGUCUAUUUUUCCUUCCACGAUCAACGGGAAUGUUUCGUCGGAAAAUAUUAUCAUGCCAGACUUAUGAAACAGAUGUGAUCUUUCGGAGAAGUUCGCUGUUGGAUUUAAACAGAUCGCUUUAAGUUGGCUGGAAAGCUGGAGAGGAAAAAGAGAAUUGCAUCAAAUCAAAUGCCGUCUGAGGCUCAGUCCCAGGAGCCUCGGGACAGAGGACCAGCCCCUCCUGUCACUCGAGCUGGACGUAACGCUCAGCUGGCCAAAGCCGCCGCUACUAGCUCGGCGCCCGAGAGGCGGCCUCGUGGGCGGCCGCGGAAAGAUGGGAGCAACGGCCGCUCUGCGCCUCCCGCCCCUCUUCCUCCACCACCUCCUCCUCCUCCACCUCCCAAAUCAAGGAAGAAGGGGCGGAGUCGAGGCCGAGCGCAGGUAGAGGACGAAGAAAGCAUGGACGCCACGGAGAAGAAACCCCCCCAGAAGACAGAGGUGAAGGAGAAGACAACAGGACGCCGUCGGUCCACCUCCAGGAGAAAAUCCAAUACAAACCCUGAACCUGACCUUGAAACUAGCCCAGACCAUCUCAGUCCGGAACUUGUGCCGGAUCCUGACCCUGUACUCAACCAGGACCAUCUCAGUCCAGAACCUGAGCCGGACCCUGACCCCACUGUCCCCGAGUCCAGCCCAGAACCACCUCCCAGUGCUAAUGAGGAGAACAGAACCAGCCCUGUUCCUGCUGCCCUGCUUCCAGUCUCUAGCCCUGGACCAGCGUCCAGUCCUGUGGAAGAACCUCAAAUCAGUCCUCUGGCCCACUCCACAGUUAACAGCCCAGCCCCCAGCCCCAAACCAGCUCCUGAUCCUGCAGAGGAUGACCGACCCAGCCUGAGCCACAUGUCUCCCCCCAUGGAGGUGGAGUGCAGUCCCGGCAUGGUUCCGAAGGACACAGAGAGGGCCGGAGUCAGUCCCAUGGAGCAGAGUCCCACCCUCAGUCCCUGCUCCAGUCCUCCAGUCUCUCCCUGCCCCCGACUGGAGGACGAGGACUCGCUGUCCCCUCUGUUCCAGCGGUGUCUGUCAGAGGACUCUGGGGGCUCACCCACCCCCAGCCUAGGACACACCAAAAAACGUCUGAAGCAGUGUGCCUUCUGUUACCGUGGCGACGAGCCUCCUCUGGGCCAGGGCCGCCUGGUGGUGUUUGGUCCGACGCCCGGCUACAUCCCGCUCCACAUCCUCAACCGCCGCGCCUCCUCCGACCGAGACAACGACUGCCACGACCACUGCUACCGUGGUAACCAGGCCCAGCCCAUGUGCAGCAGUCCGGACCAGUGUGAGGAGGAGUCUUCCUCAGAGUUUGUGGAGCAGCUCGGGCCCAUUGGCCUUCCACAUGACAUCAACGUCCAAUCACUGUUCGACCCCACAGGUCAGUGCUGUGCUCACCUGCAGUGUGCAGCCUGGUCAGAGGGGGUGUGUCGCGGCGAAGGCCAAUCACUGCUCUACGUGGACAAAGCCAUCGACUCAGGAAGCACGCAGGUGUGUGCGUUCUGCCGUCGGCUCGGAGCGUCGCUGCGUUGCAGGGAGACGAGUUGUGGGCGGAGCUACCACUUCCCCUGUGCUGCCGCCGCCGGAGCUCAUCAGGACUGGACCCAGAGACACACACUGUGUACAAGACACACACACGCAGCGCCCUCACGGUGUGCGUUGUGUUCGGGUGGCGGUAACGUCAACGGUCUGUUGACGUGUUGUUGCUGUGGUAACUGUUACCAUGGCAGCUGCCUGGACCCUCCUCUUACGCCCUCCCCCCUGUGCCGGGCCGGCUGGCAGUGUCCUCAGUGUCGGGUGUGUCAGAGCUGCAGACUGCGAGGGGAUGAAGGUGUGUUGCUGGUGUGUGAACGCUGUGAUAAAAGCUACCACACACACUGUCUGACACCACCUCUGGAUCACAUACCGAGCACCGGCUGGAGCUGCAAGAACUGCAGAAUCUGCCGCCGCUGUGGUGUGAGGUCAUCAGGGCAGUGGGCCAAUCACCCAUUUCUUUGUGAGUCAUGUGCCCCGGUGUUGCUCUGCCCUCUCUGUGACCGUGCCCCGGACCUCUUCGCACCACAGGACUAUCUGACUUGUAUCUGCUGUUAUAGGUGUGUCCAUACAGAGUGCAUUGUCCAGUCUGGGGAGGGCAGGGUGGGGUCUGAAGAUUACAUCUGCUCCACCUGCAGGCGUCAGGAGGAGCAGCUAAUCCCACAUACUUCAAUCCCACACAGUCCUACCACGGCCUCGCCGCUCGAUCCUGCACAUGCACCGACCAUUAGCAUUUCAAAGCCACCAAUACAAGGUCACACAGAGGCUCCACCCAUCAGUCAUACCAUUCAUAGCCCAAUCCAGCUCAUUUAUUCAGACUUACCAUGCAGUCCGACAAAGACCCUCUGUACACCAUCGCAGCAAAAUUGUACGCCAUCUCACCCUGAUCCCACAGAGCUCCAACAUAGUCUCAUGCCAUCUCACCCUGAUCCAACAGAGCUUCAUCAUAGUUCUGCGUUUUCUCGCCCUGAACCCACAGAGCUCGUACACAGUCCUGUGCCAUCUCACCUUGAUCCAUCAGAACUCCAACAUAGUCCUGCACCAUCUCAUGCUGAACCCGUGAAGUUCCAACAUAGUCCUGCGCCAUCUCACCCUGAUCCAACAGAGCUCCAACUUUGUCCUGCACCGUCUCACCCUGAACCCACAGAGGUCCAACAUAUUCCUGCGCCAUCUCACCCUGAUCCAACAGAGGUCCAACAUAUUCCUGCGCCAUCUCACCCUGAUCCAACAGAGCUCCAACAUUGUCCUGCACCAUCUCACCCUGAACCCACAGUGGUCCAGCAUAGUGCUGCGCCAACCCACACUGAUCCAGCAGAGCUUCAACAUAGUCCUGCACUGUCUCACCCUGAUCCAACAGAACUCCAACAUAGUCCUGUGCUUUCUCACUCUGAUCCCACAGAGCUUCAACACAGUCCUGCACUGUCUCACCCUGAACGCACAGUGCUCCAAGACAGUUCUGUGCCUUCUCACACUGAACCCACAGAGCCCCAACAUAGCCCUGCACCAUCUCACUCUGAACCUACAGAGCUCCAACAUAGCCCUGCACCAUCUCACCCUGAACCCACAGAGCUCCAACAUAGUCCUGCACCAUCUCACCCUGAACCCACAGAGCCCCAACAUAGUCCCGCACCAUCUCACCCUGAACCUGCAGAGCUCCAACACAGUCCUGUGCCAUCCCACCCUGAACCCACAGAGCUCCAACAUAGUCCCGCACCAUCUCACCCUGAACCUGCAGAGCUCCAACAUAGUCCCGCACCAUCUCACCCUGAACCAACAGAGCUCCAACAUAGUCCUGUGCUGUCUCAUCCUGAACCCACAGAGCUCCAACACAGUCCUGCACCAUCUCACCCUGAACCUGCAGAGCUCCAACACAGUCCCGUGCCAUCUCACCCUGAACCAACAGAGCUCCAACACAGUCCUGUGCUGUCUCACCCUGAAUGCACAGUGCUCCAACAUUGUCCUGCACUGUCUCACCCUGAACCCACAGUGCUCGAACAUAGUCCUGCACCAUUUCAUUCUAAUCAAAAAGAGCACCAGCAAAGCCCACCGCUAUCUCAAGCUGAUCCUGCAGUGCUCCAGGAAAAUUCUUCCCCAUCUCACAUAGAUCCCACAGAGCUCCUACAAAGUCCUCCGCUAUGUCAACCAGGUCCAACAGAGCUCCAAGAAAGCCCUACAUCACUUAACCAUGAUCAUAAAGAACAACAGGACAGCCACACAUCACCUCACCUUAGUCCAUCGGAGCUUCCACAAAGCCCUAUACAGUCUCACUCUGGGUCAACAGAACUCCACGAACAUCCAAUGCCAUGCACAACUGGUCCUGCUGAGCUGCAACCAAGUCCUACCCAUGUGACUACCUUGCAUACUCAGCAUAGUCCUUGCCAGUUUAGUUACACCUCUUAUAGCCAUACCCAGAAUUCCACAGAGGAUCAUCUUAUGGCCACAGAGUCUCAGCAUAGUCCAACCCAAGGUAGUCCCAUGACUUGUAGCCAUGCACAUUCUCUGUACACUCCGACCCAGGCACAGCUUAUUCCUACCCAGGUUCAGCCAGGGCCUACAGAACCUCAGCAAAGCCCUCCGCCACACAGUCCUGUCACACAACCUCAGCACAGUCCCCCACAAAGAUCACCUACACUGGAUCAGAAGAGCCCUGGAUCAAGCAGCCCCACUCAACUGCGAUGUGGGGCUGCAUGGCACAUUUCUACACUGGACCAUGACUUCUCACUAGUCAACUGUAGGUCUUUCCAGGCAGCAAAAGCACAUGCCUCACUGAGGUCUAUUUCAGCUCCAUGUAGCCCAUCACCAGCCCCUCACGGAGCCAAACAGUGUAGUCUGUCACAACCUGCUAGCCCAGUACAGGCCCAUUCUUCACAGCCUGUUAGGCCUUCAGAGCUUUGCCUACUUCCUUCUCAGCUUGCUAUACAGUUAAGACUCACAAAGGAAUGCACCCAAACCAGUACCACAGAGCUGAAGUUCUUGGAACAUAGCCCUAUGCAGCUGAGUUCUAACCUUGAUGGCCAAACACCAGAAAGUAGCCCUGCCCUUGCUAUUCACACCUCUAAUCUGUCCGCAAUGCUCCCUGAUAGCCAUGAUACAGAUGGAAAGCUCCCAAACGAGCUUGGUCAUGUUCAGAGUAGCUCACUUACCCCAGACCAUUCUGGCUCCCCUCACAUUCCUGUCAUGCCCACACCAGAAAGCCUUCUUCACAUUAGUGCUUCAGUGGAACACAGUAGCCUAACUUGCUCACCUUGUGCUGAUGACACGGAGGAAAUUCCUCCCCAAGCUACCCACAUUUAUAAGAGUCCUUGUUGUGACGGCCCAUCUCACGGCACAGAAGCUAUUGAAGGUGAAGACAUCCCCAUACAUAUCCAAAAUAACUCAGAUAGUUCUAGCCCCAAACAUGCCAGUCAAAUGCCUACUAGCCCUGCCAGCUCUCUUGUGGCCUGUGCUAGCCCCAUGCAAAUGGAGUCUUGCCCUGCCCAUGUCAGCUAUUCUUCGCAACCAGUCAGCCCCUUGUCACCACCUGUUAGAUCCUCAGUGCAAUCAGCCAGUCCCUCAGCAGAACUGGAUAGACCCAUCCACCCCAACUUAUGUAAAGAUGGGGAGAUGGAAGUAGCAGUUGACUAUCCCAGUUACUUUAUUCAGUCAGAUACGAGUCCCAGUCAACCUAAGUCCACUCCGGACUGUCCAAUUAAUGCUAGCCCAACUCAUGCUUGCCCAGUUCACACAGAAGCUAACAGCGACUACAGUCAAAUGGGCUCCAUUCAUGCUCAAGAGAGAACUAGUCCCCCUGUUUCUACAUUUGCAGAGUUCACACAGACUCAGACAAGCCAAAGUGCCCCAUAUCCUGGUCAGUCAAGCCCUUCACAUAUCCAGACUACCUGCAAUCUGUCACAGACAUCUCCAGUACAGACAAGCCCGUUGCCAUCUCCAACUAGCGUUAGUCUUUCACACUGUAGGCCAACUGAUACUAGCCCAGCUAGUAGUUCUGUUAGCCACAAUCUGAGCCAUAGUGGCCAGACAAGUUCCUGCUCUGCUAGCGUAACUGAUAUUAGCGUCAUCGACGGUCCUCCUAGGUCUAGUCCUGCUGGUCAAGCUAGUCCUGUUCACAUAGUAAGCACCUCUAGUAGUGCCCACUCAGGCCCAAUCCAAAGACAGACUCCCUCAUUAGCUAGCACAACAUACAGCAGCCCUGCACAUGCUACUGUUGCUUGUGUUAGCCCACCUCACAGUUCAGCUCAGGCCAGUCAAACAUAUCAUAUCCCCACAAGUAGCCCCCAUUACAGCCCAAAUCCCGACACUGGAACCAGUUCUGGCCCGGCUGUGGCACAGCUGAGCCCUACUUCGACUAGUUCGAGUCUUGAUGUGGACAUGGUGGCCAGUUCCAUUGCUCAGAGCUCUUCUCUUCUCAAUGUGGUUGAGCUUGAUUCUGAUCUUUUUAAACCUGUAGACAGUAUUAGUCAGAUGAGCCCAAGACCUGCCAGUUCCCAACCCAAUGACUCAUCUGCUGUUAGCCCCAACCAGGCUAGUCUGAGCCAGGUUACCCAGUCCCGAGCUAGUCCUCUUCAUUCCCCUGGCAGAUCUGCUGUUGAAAACCAACAAAGCAAGGCCUCGGAAAGCCCCUGCUGUCAAAGAUUAGCCACCCCUGCUGAUGCUCCUUCCAUUCAGGCUAGUCCAAGCCAUGCUAGCCCUGUCCAUUCUAGCCCCACUCAGGAUAACACUGCGAUGCCUAGCACAAGCCACACUGGUGAAAUGUCCGCAAGAGCCCCAUCCCCUGCCCCCUCACAGGUUAGCCCUCCUCAGACAUUCUUUCCUCAUGAUCAACAGGCUCAAGGCAGCUCCGUGCACAGUAGCCUAGAUGCUGGACCUGUUUGUGGCCCUUUGCAAUCAGAUGAUACACAGGUUGACCAUAGUUCUGUCCCUACCAGCCCUGUGCAGCCAGAGGCUAGUUCUAAUCCUUGUCUUGGUGGCCCUAUGAAGUGUGAGGCUAGCCCUGGUCCCAAUUCUGUUAGUCCAUUUCUUGCCAUCCCGAGGCAGUCUGAAACCAGUCCAAGUCCUGGUCCUGCUAGCCCUGUGCAGCCUGAUGCUGGUCCUGGAAUCCACUCUGAUGCCAGCCCCCAGCAACACAGUCAAACAGAGAGGGAGUCUGCAGCCAUUGUGGAUGUCUGCAUGGCCGAGGAGCAGGAGGAGAUGCUACAGAGCAAGACUGAAGAAGAGGAGGCGAUGGAAGCUCCACCGCAGGAGGAGGUGGAGGAGCCUCAUCAGACAGCAAAGGAGAGUCCACAAGAGGAGGAGCUUGUUGAGAGUACAGAAGGAGGAGGAAAACAAGACCAGGAUGAGGAGGAGCAUCAGUACAGCAGCUCAAACUGUCCACCUGCAGGAGUCCAGCUGGGAUCUGUCCUGAAUGAAGACCAUCAGUCUCAUCCUCACACUGCUGCUGCCUCCCCCGUCCUUCCACAGCCAGCUCCUCUCUCGCCUCCACCCACAACACCACACUCAGCCUUACCUCCUGAGCAGCCGUCCCGCUCCCCCUUAUCUUCACCAUCUGCCUUCCCUCUCUCCUUAACACAGUCUCCUCCUCCUGGAGCUGGCUCUCUAGAGGCCUCCCCCUCCUCCCCUCACAGGUCUGCCUUACUCAACGUGUGCUCCCCCCACACCCCACUUCUUCCCUCCUCUCCUCUGGACAACUGCCACCAGGAGGAGGAACUUCCCAAUCAACGACAAGCUGAGAUGGGGAAGGUGGCACUAGAGGGCAAAACACUUUCCUGUCAUAUGACAUUGGUGGAUGAUGACAGCCAAUCACAGGGCCAGUGUGAACCUGUUGCUGUGGUAGCAGAACCCACCAAAGAUGAGCACCAAUCACAUGCUGAGCCUUCAAAGAGGAUGGAGGAGGAGCCUCCUGACACACUGAAGCCAGCAGCAGCUAAUUUGGCAGUUGCACAGGAGGUGGUUACCAGACAACAGCCAAUGCGGGACAAGCAGGAUGCGGAAGAGGAGCUGGUGGAGGGAGUGACUGGUAGCAUGGAUGCAGAGGAAGUGGAGGAGGCAAAGGAGGGCACCAAGCAGGAGGACCAAUCAGAUGUGGAGGAGGAGCAGGAGCCAGUGAGCCCUGUGCUGGAACUGGACCCCUCUUUAGAUGUGGAAGUGAUGGAGCUGAUGACCUCCUCAUCUCCUCCUCCCUCCCUCCUGCACCUCUCUACCCCCAGUCCACCUCCCUUCUCCCAUCGGGGAAAGGGCCGGACUCUCAGGCCUCCUCCCUGCUCCUCCAGGCUGUCAGAUGACCUUUCCAUCCGUCUGAGGCAGUCUCCCUUCUCCACUGAGGCCUCUCCCGAGACCUCUCCCGCCAGAGCUCCCAUCACCCCACCUCCACUGUCCCCACCCUCACCCCCUCUCCGGCCCCCCCCCCCUGCCAGAGAGUCUCCACCUCUCUUCAAGCCCCAGGCACCUCCCACCACUGUGCUCCCCCUCACCCUGAAAAUUGGCAUGGGGAAACCGGCCAUCUCCAAGAGGAAGUUCUCUCCAGGCAGGGCCAGGAUCAAACAGGGUUCGUGGUGGAGUAAUUGCAGGGUGGUGAGCCCCCCUUCGUCCUCCCAGGAUUCCAUGGGGGAGGGAGGGUGGGACAGCCCUAAACCCCGUCCACCGGACUCCCCCCUCUGGAGCAUGACAGUGGGUCGUGGUUCAGGGUUUCCAAGCAGGAGGAGGUCCAGGGGCGGAGGUGUUGGAGGAGGAAGAGGAGCAAGAGGAAGGAGCCGGCUGAAGACUCAGGAAAGUCUGACUGUGUCACCUGGAUCUGUGUAUGUGGAGCCGUUCCAGCCGAAGGAGGAGGAGGAGAACUCGAUGCACAACACGGUGGUGAUGUUCUCCACCUCAGACUACUUCACCCUCAGACAGGACAUGUGUGUGGUGUGUGGUAGUUUUGGUCAGGGGGCUGAAGGCAGACUGUUGGCCUGUUCUCAGUGUGGACAGUGUUACCAUCCCUACUGUGUGAACGUCAAGAUUACGCGGGUCAUCCUGACCAAAGGGUGGCGCUGUCUGGAGUGCACGGUGUGUGAGGCGUGUGGCGAGGCCAGCGACCCUGGACGGCUGUUGCUAUGCGACGACUGCGACAUCAGCUACCACACCUACUGCCUGGACCCGCCCCUUCACACAGUACCGAAAGGAGCCUGGAAGUGCAAGUGGUGCGUGUGGUGUGUCCAGUGUGGCUCCGCCUCUCCCGGGCUGCGCUGUGAUUGGCAGAGUAACUACAGUCGUUGUGGACCGUGUGACAGUCUGAGCCGCUGUCCUCUCUGUCAGAGACAGUACUCGCAUGAUGACCUCAUACUGCAGUGUCAGCAGUGUGACAGGUGGGUCCACGCUGUGUGUCAGGGUCUCACCACUGAAGAUGAGGUAGAGGUUGCAGCUGAUGAAGGCUUUGACUGCUCGCUGUGCCGAACACACGGCCGCAGCUCGUACGGGAGGCCAGACAGUUUUGAGUCGCCCUACAUGGCUCACAUCAUCUCCAGGAUCAGAGAACCGGAUGCAAAGACGUACACUCAGGAUGGAGUGUGUCUGACAGAGUCGGGCCUCUCUCACCUGCAGUCUCUCGUUGAGCCUCUGACAUCACCACGCAGGUGUAAACCCAAACUGAAGCUCAGGAUCAUCAACCAGAACAGUGUGUCUGUCCUGCAGACUCCACCUGACCCCCCCACUGAGCAGGACCAGAACAGAGGUGACUUGGAGUGUGAGAUGAAAUCUGACUCCAGCCCAGAGCGAGACCACGCCCAUGAUGAUGAUGUCACCAAGGAGCCUGAGGUUACUGAUGACAACAAGAAGAGGAAGCGGAAACCCUACAGGCCUGGUAUCGGGGGGUUCAUGGUGCGUCAGCGUGGAGGAAAGACCGCUCCGAGCAGAAUCAAACUGUGCAGAAAAGAUUCAACGGAGAUGCUGCUGGGCCGAGACGAAGGCCCUCUGGUUGAGACGGUGCCCCCUGCUGACCAGAUGAUGGAGAAGGCGAAGAAGAGGUACAGAAAGAAGAAGACGAAGCUGGAGGAGGCUUUUCCUUCUUAUCUCCAGGACGCGUUCUUUGGUCGAGAUCUUCUGGACAGGAGUCGGCAGGUGGACAGAAGGCAAGGGCCAGAGACAGCAGGUGCCAGCCAAUCAGGAGCAACGACAGAUAACAUUAAAGGUGCCAGCGCUGGAUUACAUGGCCCCUCUUCCUCAGGCCUGCCAAUUGGCGCCAUGGCAACCAAUGCCAUCAAGAAGCAGGGAACACUGCCCAUGUCGAAUGAAGCUCUAUUGGAUCUGUCUGACGUUCUCAACACUGAUCCUCACAUACUGGCUACAGGACACACAGGUCAGUUCCAGGUGGAGCGCUCUCCCUCUCCAUUUGCUGGUCUGGACAUCAGCUCCAUGGCUGAAGAUCCCUCUUUGACAGGAAGUGCUGGGCGUGGUCAGAGGAUGGUGCAGGAGGAGCCUCUGGACGCCAUCUUGAAUCCUGAGCUUGACAAGAUUGUAACUGACGGUGCCAUCCUCAGCAAACUCUUCAAGAUCCCAGAGUUGGAGGGGAAGGACGUGGAGGAGGUGUUCACUGCUGUUCUCAGUCCAAACAGCAGCAACAACCAACCAGAGCGGAGCCAGCACACACACACUACUACUGCUGGGAACAAGACAAACACACAGCACGCAGCAGCUGCUGUGUUUCCUCGUCUUCCGCUGAUGAAUGGUCUCGUGGGAACUGCCCCUCGCUUCCCCAACACUCCCGUCGUGCCCGGCGGAGCCCAGGGUCCGGCGGGCUUUAGGUCGCCCCCUCCCGAGGGCCCCGCCCCCGGCCCGACCUCGGCCAAUCAGGGCUCAGCGGGCGAGGGCGAGCAGGAUGCGAUGUCGACGGCUCAGAGGAGCAUGUUGAAGUGGGAGAAGGAAGAAAUUCUGGGCGAGAUGGCGACCGUCGCUCCCGUCCUCUACUGCAACACCAACUUCCCCCAGUUGAGAGAGCAGUAUCCAGACUGGUCCACCAGAGUGAAGCAGAUUGCCAAGCUGUGGAGGAAGGCCAGUUCUCAGGACCGAGCGCCCUUCGUGCAAAAAGCUCGCGAUAACCGGGCGGCUCAGCGCAUCAACAAGGUGCAGCUGUCCAACGACCCGCUCAAACGCCACCAGCCCUCGCAGCAGCUGCCGCUGCCGCCGGCGGGGCCGUACGACCCAGUUUCAAUGGAGACGGAGGCGGCAUUCAAGGACCCGCUAAGGCCCAAAGAGUCAGAACAGGAGCAGGAGUGGAAGCUCAGACAGCAAAUGCGUCAGAAGAGUAAACAGCAGGCCAAGAUUGAGGCGACCCAGAAGUUGGAGCAGGUGAAGAACGAGCAGCUCCUCCAGCAGAGGCAGCAGGAGCAGGUGAAGAACGAGCAGCUCCUCCAGCAGAGGCAGCAGCUGUUGGCUGCUCAGCGUCUCGCCGGCCGACUCUCCCCGGAGUCCGGCAGCCGGAGCCCCAUGACGCCCGCCCAGCAGCCCGUAGCCGGAGGAAACGCCUCGCCCCUCCAUCCACCAGUGUCUCGGGAGGGUCAGUCCAGACAGCACCUCCUCCUGCAGGGGAGCCAGAGUUCAGGAUUGGCCGACGAUGUCUUCCUCAGACCACAAGCCCCUCCCCCCUCUGGCUUCUCCUCUCUCCCUCACUCCCCUCACCCCUCCUCCCCCCACCACCAGCCCCCAUCUUCCCCACAGAUGUUCUCCCCACCCUCCUCCCGCCCCUCCUCACCCUGGGACCCUUACAGUAAGGUGGUGGGAACUCCUCGCCCCACCUCCUCCCAGACUGGUGGCCUCCCAGCCCCCCAGCAGCAGCAGCGUCGCAACUCCCUCAGCGCCUCCCCGGCCCACGAUGCCUUUGGUUCCCCCGCACCAUCCCCAGACUCUAAAACCUCAGACAUCUCCAGGGCCCUUGCACCCCAACCAGGACUCCAACAGAGCAGGGCAGGUAUGAUGAGCCCCACCUCCAGUUCGGCUCCUGAUCAUUUGGUCCGCCACGCUGGUAUCCGAGCAGCGGAGAACUACCAGAGGACUCCUCAAACCAGCGGUAACAUCCGUGUAGUGGUGUCUGAAUCGUACGGUCGACCUGGUGAACUGGUCCAGGGUGGGUUGUUUAAAGCCCCCAUGCCCCCCCAGCACCAGCCUCAGGCAGAGGUGUUUUGCAGCACAGGAGGAGGAGGAAGGAGGGACCCAUCCAGACCCACAGAUUUGGGCUUUGCCCUUCCCCAGUCGCAGGACCCUGCCUUCCCCUCCAGUCCGCUGUCAGGACUGGGCUCCCCCCACCUCAGCCCCUACGCCCACCAGGCGCCUGGCACCCCCAGACCUGACUAUGGCCAGCAGAUCACUGAUCCCUUUACCCAGCAGUCACCUUUGUCCUCCCGGCCUUCGCCUGACCCAUAUGCCAACCCUCAGACCCCUGGUACACCACGGCCGCAUUCUGACCCCGCAUACCUCACCACACCUCCUGCACUGAGACUGGACCAGUUAAACCAGCAGUCCGCAAACCGUCGGCCGUCGCCCUCCCACCCAAACAUGGACCCCUAUUCAUCCAACCCAGGGACACCCCGCCCAUCCGUCACUGAGCGUUUCCCUCGAUCACCAGGGAGUCAAUGGAGCACUGACCCCUACGCCCAGGCCGUCGGUACACCACGACCCUCACCAGAUCCCUAUGCCCAACAGCCCUCCACACCGCGGCCCCAGAAGGCCCCUGAGCCCUUCAGCCAGGCCCCAGUGGAGAGCUUGACCCCUCAGCCUGCGGGAUCUGGUUCAUCCCCUUUGGCUCCAGGACUGUCUGGAGAGACCUUCACUCCGGCACACCACCAGUUGCAGGAGUCAGGGACCCCCCGCAGCCAGACCCCAAAGCACCCUGGCAUGUUGGAGGACAGCAGCUUCUCUGGCCUGGCAAGUCAGACUCCUGGUCACGACCCACUCGAACAGGGUCACAUGACACCAGGCCCCUCACAGACGGACAAGACACCAACCAAUGAAAUGGCAGCGCUGUCCGUGGCUUCUUUAGAUGGACCAAUGAGCAUGCUGCCUCAGCUUGGUGACUCCGAGGAGAAGCUCAGACAGCGUCAGCGGCUCCGGCAGCUCAUACUGAGGCAGCAACAGCAGAAGAGCGCGUUACGGCAAGAGAAAGGUCUGCAGGAAGCAGCCUCCAGCUCUGCUCCAUCACGUCACUGGUCCCAGGAGGACUCCUCCACUGCUCCUUCAACUGACCUGUUUGGACGGCCCCCACCCCCUUACCCCGGCACCAUUAGGCCUGGUGGAGCAGCAGGAGCUCCAGCACCAAGGUUUCCUCCAGGUUUCCUAGGGGAGCAGCAGCGGGGCUUCACGCCCAGUGAGGCUCCAUUCCCCAGGCAGAGCCUCCCUAGAGAACUGGGAGUCCGAGGACCGGUCCUGAGGUUCAGUGUUCCUCCAGGAGCUCCAGUGGGAGUCCAGGACUCUUUCUUGCGUCCUCCUCAAGGUUCAUUGCCUGGCACUGGACUGAAUGUGGAGAUGAGGAGGCCAAUGCCUGUGGAGUUCACAGGCAUUAGACCCCUCCCUGCUCCUCACAUGAUGGCAGGUGUCCCCCAGCCCUUCCUCCCGCGCUCCCUCCCCAUGCAGCAGCACAGCAUUAUGGGACAACCUUAUAUCGAGCUCCGACACCGCGCCCCUGAACACCGCCUGAGGCUGCCCUUUGCUCCGCCUGUUGCUCCAGACCCCGAGGCCCCGCCAUUGCACCCCAGAGACACCCAGCUGUCUCCAGUCAGGCCUGCUCAGGGGACCAGGGUGGGUGAGAUGCCCCUGGGCCAGCAGAUGGCGAUGGAAAACCAGCAGCACCUCGGCCAAACGGCGGCGCUGCCGCAGAGUGGCGAGUCGACGCUCCCAGGAGCCGAGGGGAUGGAGGAGCACCUGGAGGGAGAGGACUCGGCCGUGAAGGAUCUGGAGGAUGUGGAGGUGAAAGAUCUGGUUGACCUCAACCUGAACCUCGACCCUGAAGAUGGUAAGGAGGACCUGGAUCUGGGACCUAAUGACCUCCACCUCGAUGACUUCCUGCUGUCAGGGAAGUUUGACCUGAUAGCCUACGCUGACCCCGAGCUCAAUCUGGAGGACAAGAAGGACAUGUUCAAUGAGGAGCUGGACCUAGGGGAGCCAGUGGAGGAGAAGGAGGUGGCAGCCAGCGGGACCAGAAGGACCGACAGCCACACCUACCCAAUUGGCCAGGUCAAACAGGAAGUGCAGGGCAGUGCUAAGACGGACGCCAGCAACGGCCCUUCUGCGGCCCAGCAGCCUGGUGCCCCCACCACCAGCAGACACCCCAGACCUCCAGGAGCUGAGGCACCAGAAUCCAGCCAGCCCGGCUCCUCCGCUCUCCUCACUAAGGUGGAGGACUCUGGUUCUGGUUCAGUGGUCUUGCCAGCUCUCCAGGCUCAGGAUCAGGCUCCGUCGGGCAUGUCUCCCAGGGCUCCGCCCCACCUGGCUGGAGGUCAACAUUCUGUGUGCCAGCAGCAGCAGAGACCGUUUGGACCCUCCCCGUCGGCUCUCUUCACCCCCCACCCUCAGGGUCUCCUGGUGUCUCCUCACCCGAGUCUGACUCCUGAGGCCCCCUCUGCACCACCUCAUCCGCUGUCACUCCAACCCCAGCCUAGCCUCCUCCUCAACCCCCAGACCCAGCCUCCACACCCGGGGAACUCCACUCAGAGCCAGACCAUCUUCCCCCAGAACCAGGACCAGAACAAGCACAGGCCUCUCCUCCUGGAGGAGCAGCCGCUCCUUUUGCAGGACCUCCUGGACCAGGAGCGCCAGGAGCAGCAGCAGCAGAAACAGAUGCAGGCCCUGAUCAGACAGAGGUCCAGCUCAGAGUCUGUGUUGCCCAACAUGGACUUUGACUCCAUCUCUGACCCCAUCAUGAAGGCCAAGAUGGUGGCUCUGAAGGGCAUCAACAAGGUCAUGACUCAGGGUAACCUGGGACUCAACCCCGCUGUCAUCAACAGGUUCCAGCAGGUUCCAGGAACUCAGGGGGGGCCAGUGGCCCUCGGUCCAGAGGGGACUCCUCAGCCUACACACCUGUUGGGACAGGACGGGAAGUUGAACCCCCAGCUGGUGCGACCCAACCCCCCCAGCUUCGGCCCGGGCUUCGUCAACGAGGCUCAGCGGCGUCAGUACGAGGAGUGGUUGGGGGAGACGCAGCAGCUCCUGCAGAUGCAGCAGCGCCUCCUGGAGGACCAGAUCGCCUCACACCGCAAGACCAAGAAAUCCCUCUCGGCCAAACAGAGAACAGCCAAGAAGGCCGGCCGACCCUUCGCUGAGGAGGACGCCGCUCAGCUCCGCCACAUCACCGAGCAGCAGGGGGCGGUCCAGAAACAGCUUGAGCAGAUUCGGAAGCAGCAGAAGGAUCAUGCAGAGCUGAUUGAAGACUACAGGACCAAACAGCAGCAGCAGAGAGCUCUGCAGCAGCAACCGGCUGCACCCGCCAUGAUGCCUGCAGGAACGCCCCCCAUGCCCCAGACCCUCCUCUCCCAGCCCAUGGUGGCCAUGCAGGCCCACCCGGGAGGCCCGACCCCGGGUCGUGUCACAAACAUCCCCCCUGGUUGGACCCCAGGGGGCAUGGCACCGGGGUUGAUUGCGCAGAGGAUGCCGCCUCAUCUGCCUCCCCAGAUGCCCCCCGCCCUACCUAAUGCCCCCCAGGCUCCCCCACACACCCAGACCCCCGCGGCCAUCGUGCCGGGCCUCGCCGCUCCGACAGCGGGCUUCACCGCAGGUCCCCGGGGCCCCACCGGAGGGCCCAAUGGAGCCGCAGGGGACGGAGCUGCCCCCCCUCGUCAGGUGAACUUUGACGACAACAACCCGUUCAGCGAGGGUUUCCAGGAGAGAGAGAGGAGGGAGCGGCUGCGAGAGCAGCAGGAGAGGCAGAGAGUUCAGCUCAUGCAGGAGGUGGAGCGCCAUCGUGCCCUGCAGCAGAGACUAGAGAUGGAGCAGCAAGGACACCUGGGAGCCCCCAUGGCUCCUGGAGCUGGAGUAGCAGCCGUGCCCCCAUCUGGGACUCCAUCGGGGGCUCGAGUUGGGCAAACACCGGGACCUGGAGGUCCUGCUGGGCCGGCACCCGCACCUGGAGGUGACAGCCUCUCUCAGAUUCCUUUCUUCAGCUCUGAGUUGCCCCAGGACUUUCUCCAGACUCCCCCGGCCUCCAGACCUCCCCCACAGCACCAGAGCCAAUUCCCCCAACAGGCAGGCCUCCAGCAGGGCUUCACAGGAGGAGCCUUGCACCCUGGAGCUCACCCAGCUCCAGGUCUACUGCCUGGGGCCACAGCGGAGCGGGGCAGAGCCAUACCUGAGCGUGCCCCCCCCAUGGAUUUGGCUUCUUCCAACCUCCAAACCAGGCCGAGGUUCUUGGGGCCAGCUGGACCUGCAGCCCAGGGACAGGUACGACCAGCCGGAAUAGGACCAGCAGAAAUGACCCUCUCCCAUGCUAGAGGCCAGGCUCCUCGAUUUGGACACGACUCCUCCUCUUCCUCCCCCUCUGCCCCCUUCCCGUGCUCCUCCUCUGGAGGCCCCAGCUCCCUUAUCCAGCUCUACUCGGACAUAAUCCCUGACGAUAAACCAAAGAAGAAGAGGAGCAGGAAGAGGGAUGGAGAGGACGCCGCAGGUGGAGCAGGAGCCAGGACACCACUGUCCUCACACUCUGAUGACAUCACAGCUCCACCCACCCCUGCUGUCUCAGACACUUCCUGCUCCACGCCCACUCGGAGCAGCAUGGACCAAUCAGAUCUCUCGUUCCCUCUGAGUUCCUCCCUCUGUGGUCUGGCUCCGUCGUCUGAGUUGGAGAGGCAGCUGUCUGUCAUCUCUGCAGCCCAGCAGAGAGGCUCCAUCCUGGGUCUGGAGUCUCUGAGAGGCCCCCUAUCUUGUCUGGAGGUCAAGGAGGAGCAUGAGGAGGGAGGAGCAUGUGGGGAGGGUGUGGUGAAGAUGGAAGAGGGUGAGGGUGAGGGAUUCUCCACCCCCUCUCCGCACCAUGUGGGGGGUAAAGACGGAGACGGAGGGAAGGAGCUGCUCAGACACCUGCUGAAGGACAAGACCUCUCCGGCCACCACGCCGUCACCCACCAGCCAGGCCCCGCCCCCCGCACGCCGCCAGCUGUCCAGCGAGAGCGUCCGGUCCGAAGAGGAGGACAGGCCUGGUUCCCAUGGCAACAUGGUCCUCAGUCCAGCUCCAGACCUCCUUGACCCCUCCAGCAGGAAGAAGGCUCAGCGCUGUAAGAGACCCGCUCGGCCGGAGAAAGACAGAGCCCCUCCCAAAACCAAGAGGAAAAAGAGGGAGGAGGAGGAGAAGACGCUCCAGUCCUCCACCACCUCCUCCGACCCACUGGUGACACACCUCACACAGCUGUCGGUGCUGCCCCUGAUGGAGCCAGUUCUGGCCAUAGAUCUGAGUCUGUUCCCGCCGUACGGCAGCUCCUCUCUGGGCAGAGACUCCAGACUGACUGGCUCAUUCGGCAACGCCUGUCUGGACGGAGUCACGGACUACUACUCCCAGCUCAUAUACAAGCAGAAUAACCUCAGUAACCCCCCGACACCUCCGGCCUCCCUGCCCCCCACCCCCCCACCUGUCGCCAGGCAGAAACUGGUGAAUGGCUUCGCCACGACGGAGGAGCUGUCCAGGAAGGACAUCACUGAGCAGGACGUGAAAGGUGUGAAGCAGAAGGGGGAGGGGUUUCUGCCUCUAAACCACGCCUCCAAAACCGUAGAUGUCCCCGCCUCCCUGCCGACCCCGCCCCACAACAACCAGGAAGAGCUCAGGGUCCAGGACUCAUCAGACCGCGACAGUCCAGACGGCUUCGUCCCAUCGUCCUCUCCGGAGAGCGUGGCUGACGUGGAGGUCAGCAGGUACCCCGACCUCUCCUUCAUCAAACUGGAGCCGCCCUCGCCCUGCCCAUCACCUACAUUACCCAUCAUGCCCUGCGCCUGGGGAAAAGGCUCUGCAGUGAAACAGGAAGUGAAGGUGGAGCCUAACCAUCAGGAUCUUCCCUCCUGCUCUAACACAGACCUGGUUACCAUAGCAAUAACCCUGAACCCUGUUGCAGCUCAGAACGUUGCAGGUGUGAUGGCGGCGGUGGCGGAGCUGCUGCAGGUCCCCGUUCCUGUCGACUACCAGCUGAGCCGACCCGCGGCCCCCGAGCGCAGCUCCCUGGCCCUGCUGGCUGGAGUCCGAGUGCCGCUGACACAGGGUUCAACAGGCAGCAGACAGCAGAGACCUCCCCCUGCUGCUGGAAACACUGGUGUCAGAACGGACUACAUCCAGCAUGGUGGCUCUGCUGCUGGUCCUGCCAGGCGUCAGUGUUGCAGCAACUGCAAAGGGCCGCUGGGAAACGGAGUCCACGUCGUCAAGGAGCUCAAACAGGAGGGUCAGUCCAAACCAGGAUCCAGCCUGGUGUUCUGCAGUCCACGCUGCUCUGCACUCUACACGUCUGACCUCCAGACCAGAACAGCUGGAAACAAGGCUGCAGACCCCGUCCUGGUGUCAGAUGACUCUGAACGCCCCCCUCCCAGCAGAGUGCAGCACCAGUACACCAACAACAUGUCCUCCAUUGCUGUCCACACCCUCCUCCACACUCCCUCCUCACCUCCCCCCACCUCCUCCUCGCCACCACUCUCUUUCCCCCCUGCCUCCACCAUCACCAUGGAGACCAGGCCCCGCAUGGACAGCCUAAAGGUAAAGGUGAAGUUAAAGCCCCGCCCCCGGGCAGUCACAGGUGGAGAGGACUCGCUGACAUCUCGCCACCUGAAGAGGAUGAAGAGUUGCCGCUGGAGACGAUGGAGCAUUAGCAUCACCCUCAGCAGGGGCCCUUGCAUCCCUAAUGAGGCGGUUGCCAUGCCAACAGAGGAGGAAGUGGAUGUGCUGUUGAAGAAGUUUGGGGCGUAUCUUCGCCCUGACCCGUUACCCAAAGACCAGCGGAGGUGCUGCUUCUGUAACCAGCAGGGAGACGGACAGACAGACGGACCAGCCAGACUGCUGAACCUGGACCUGGACCUCUGGGUCCACCUGAACUGUGCUCUGUGGUCCAGUGAGGUGUAUGAGACUCAGGCUGGUGCUCUGAUCAACGUGGAGCUGGCUCUGAGACGAGGUUUGACCCUUCGCUGCGCUUACUGUCAGCAGACCGGAGCCACAAGUGGCUGCAACCGCCUCCGCUGCACCAACACCUACCACUUCACCUGCGCGCUGCAGGCGCACUGCACUUUCUUCAAGGAUAAGACCAUGCUCUGUCACCUCCAUAAGCCCAGGACGGUUCCUCUCAGCGGGGACAGGUCUUCCAGCUGCUCCCCUUCCUCCACCCUGGGACCGACCCCUGACCCUGCAGCGAUGGCGGCAUGUGACCCGUACGACUCUGAGCUGCGUUGCUUCGCCGUGUUUCGGCGGGUGUUCGUGCAGCGGGACGAGGCGCGGCAGAUCGCCGCCGUGGUGCAGCGUAACGAGCGGCAGCACACCUUCCGGGUCGGCAGCCUGCUGUUCCGAAGCAUCGGCAGGCUCCUCCCACAGCAGAUGAACGCCUUCCACAACAAGACCGCCAUCUUCCCCAUUGGUUACCACGCCAACCGCAUCUACUGGAGCAUGCGCCACAGCAACAGACGUUGUAAGUACAUGUGCUACAUCGAGGAGCAGGAGGGCCAGCCGCUGUUCAAAGUGAAGGUGGUGGAGAGGGGACAUGAUGACCUCGUACUGACCGGACCAACACCUAAAGCUGUGUGGGACCAGAUACUGGAACCAGUGUCACAGAUGAGAUCCUCCAGUGGGACCCUGAAGCUCUUCCCAGUUUACUUGAAAGGAGAAGAUCUGUUUGGUUUGACCACAUCUGCAGUGACCAGGAUCAUCGAGUCUUUGCCAGGUGUGGAGUCCUGUGAGCGUUACACCUUUCGUUAUGGCAGGAACCCUCUCAUGGAGUGGCCUCUGGCCUUCAACCCAUCCGGAUCAGCCCGCUCCGAACCCAAAGCCUGCCAGACCAAGAGACCCAACCUGCUGACCAGCGUCGCCCCCAGGUGUCAGGGUUCAGUGGGCUCCAUCGUGGGCCUCGUGCCCGGCGUCAUCUCUCUGUCUCCGGGUGAGUCCGUGGCCGGAGCUCACCAGGGACGCCACUCUAAGUCGUCCCAGUACCGACGCAUGAAGGCCGACUGGAAGACCAACGUCUACCUGGCUCGCUCCCGUAUCCAGGGUCUGGGUCUGUACGCUGCCAGAGACAUUGAGAAAUGUACCAUGGUCAUCGAGUACAUUGGCACCAUCAUCAGGAGUGAAGUAGCCAAUCGCAAGGAGAGGCUGUACGAGUCACAGAACCGUGGCGUGUACAUGUUCCGGAUCGACAACGACUUUGUGAUUGACGCCACCAUCACUGGAGGACCGGCCAGGUACAUCAACCACUCAUGUUCUCCCAACUGCAUCACAGAGGUCGUCACCGUGGAGAAGGAGAACAAGAUCAUCAUCAGCUCCUGCAGACGCAUCCAGAGAGGAGAAGAGCUGUCUUAUGACUACAAGUUCGACCUGGAGGAUGAUCAACAUAAGAUCCCGUGUCACUGUGGAGCCGUCAACUGCCGUAAAUGGAUGAACUGAACAUACACACACACUCUCUCUCACACACACAGACACACACACACACACACACACACACUCUAGCAGCUGUCUCGCUGCUGAAGCUGGAUAUUGAUCACUCUGUGGGCGGAGCUACACUUCAUAUCAGAAGUCACUAUGAUAAUAAUAGAACUGAUCACGACAGGUGUGAUCAUAGGUAAUAAUGGUUGGGGGGUGAC